AUGGAAGGAUUUCCACCAUAUAUCCUUGAUGAUGUCGAUGCUAUGGUUAGAGCUGCUCCAGAGAUCGAAAAAGGCUGGAACCAUGAUUAUUCGUUGCUCCUCCAUUCGUUCAACAGUUAUAUUAUUAUUGGGACGGCAAGGACCGUUGAUUGCUUUGGCAUGCAUAACCGGAGGUGGUGCAUAACAAGAUUUGGACAAUUGGAGGUAAAGACCAAGAAUGGCAUUGGAGUAUUUACUGCUGAUCCUCUUCCAGUAACCCAGUGGAGCCUUUUUGCUGUAUGUCUAUUUUCUUCUACUGGUCAUUGGUGUGCCUUUGAUGGUCUCCGAUAUGGUGCUGCAUUUAUUGGGAUGAGUGCUCUUAUCCUUGAAUUUUAUGCAAUAUAUUGUUAUAUUUACCACUAUAUAGCAGGUUUAGAUGCAGAAUAUGAUAGUAGUUUAAUUUUGGAUUCAUUUUUCAAGUUUGAUGAGUUCAACCUAAUUCGCCAAGCUAUCCUUCUUACAAUUGAUGCAUUUGGUGUUUCUCUCAUCCUUCCUAUUCUCGGCCUUCCAUUACUUGUUGUCCUUCAGUAUCCAUAUUCACAGGCUACUGGGAGGACCCAAGGAAGGGGGAUCUUUUUUGUGAAAUUAUCUCAGGUGUUUCUUAUGUAUGGACUCAUUACUUCAAUAACAACCAUGCUCACAGUAAUAUGUGUGACGAUACAGAGAAGGCAUUUGAUGGUAUGGGGAUUCUUUGCUCCGAAAUUUGUGUUUGAUGCGGUCGGCCUACUCCUUACCGAUGUCAUAAUCUGUUUGAUAUCUCUUUAUUACUUUUGUCGAGUUGAAGAUGGCACCAAGCAGAUCAGGAUAUCAAAUAGCUCGAGUAAAAAGAUGAGCAAUUGAGAUUUUUUCAUCCUUUGACAACAACAGAAAUUUUGAUUUCUCAGGUACAGAUCCCAAGAUACCAACUCUUUGACUGAAGGUGCACAUAGCUUAGUGUCAAAGCAUUCAUUCUACAGCUAUAGCUUAGGUCGGUUCUUCCCUUCAGCUGGUGAAUUGUACACUGUUAUUGGUAGAACUGUGCUCCUGCUCACCAUUUACCUUCGUCUACAUUUUUUGACUGGUUUCCAUGUUUAUGUUUAUCUGGUGCACAGUAAGUUGUAAUUACAAAUUGUACUCGUCUGUCGAUAACAAUGGAGUACAAAAUUCAUUAAAACACAGAAGGAAAAUUGGUUGUUUUGA